AUGCAGAUGCUAACAAACGAGCAGUUGGAACAGUUUGAAAGAGACGGUUGUCUUGUCAUUCCAAAUUUUUUUUCCACAGAAAAAGCAAAUGAGCUGAAGAAUAGAGCUCAGCAAUUACUUGAAGAAAUGUCACUUGAGGGACAUCCGAUGACCAAGUUUAGCACAGGAGCAAAGGAUAAGCAUGUUGGCGAUGCUUACUUUUUGGAGUCAGGGGACAAAAUAAGAUACUUUUUCGAGGAGGGCGCCUUUGACGAGCAAGGCAACUUAAAGAUUCCCAAGGAGCGGGCAAUCAACAAGAUUGGUCAUGGUUUGCAUGCUUUGGACCCUGUCUAUCGAGAGUUUUCCUUGAAUGAGACAAUGUCAGUCAUGGCUAGACAACUUGGUUUUAAAUCACCCAAACUGUUACAAUCAAUGAUUAUCUUUAAACAACCCUAUAUUGGUGGGCCGGUACCUUCCCAUCAAGACUCUUCUUUUCUGUACACUGAACCAUUAUCCGCAGUUGGAUUCUGGUUUGCAUUGGAAGACUGUACGGCAGAGAACGGAUGUCUUUCGUUUAUACCAGGUUCACAUAAAGAUACACCCAUCACCCGUCGAUUUGUGCGUGAUCCUCAAGGCUCAGGCACAACAUUUAUAGGAGAUGGAGAAUUAAAGGUGGACGAAUCGAGAUAUGUAAUGAAGGAGGUAAAGGCAGGCACCUUGGUGCUCAUCCAUGGAAGUGUAGUUCACAAGUCUGGACCUAAUUACUCCAAAAACUCUCGAUACAUUUAUACUUUCCAUAUCAUUGAAGGAGAAGCUCAUUAUCCUUCAGAUAACUGGUUGCAACCAACGGAAGAAAUGCCCUUUACUUCACUCUAA